CCAACACAUUAUAUAUACCACACACGUCUCUUGUUUCAUGCACAACCUCUUAAACCAAUUUCUCCAGAACUUAAGAAUAUUGUCCAAAGUUUAGACAAAUAUCACAUAAACACACACUUCCUUGCUCUUUGAUUUCCAAACAUACCAGCUAAGGUGUGUGUGUGUGAAACUCUCGACUUCUCAACUUAGCAACGCUUGAAAUUUUAGUUCACAAAAGUCACUGCCUCAUAGCAAGCCUUGAAUCCAUAUUUGAGAGACACCCAUCCUCCCAUUUUUUAUUUUCUUUUCAUGUUGAUUGAUUGAUCAUGAACAAAAUAUAACUCAUAACUUAAUCCUACUAGGCAGUGUGCACAAACUCUGAGACUGCAUAUUAGAGUUUGAGUCUUCACUCUGAAGCCUAACUUGGGUUUGUGUCUCUCAUAGCAAGAUGAUGGAAAACGGUGGCAAACAGACAUUUGAAGUCUCCAAUGACACGCUUCAACGAGUAGGUUCCAAGAGCUUUGAUGAUGAUGGCCGUCUCAAAAGAACUGGAACUAUUUGGACUGCAAGUGCCCACAUAAUAACAGCUGUUAUUGGUUCUGGGGUGCUAUCUUUGGCUUGGGCUAUUGCUCAGCUAGGUUGGAUUGCUGGUCCUGUGGUGAUGAUUCUAUUCUCUAUUGUGACUUAUUAUACCUCAACUCUUCUAGCUACUUGUUACCGUUCUGGUGACCAACUCAGUGGCAAGAGAAACUACACUUACACACAAGCUGUUAGAUCCUACCUUGGCGGUUUUUCGGUCAAGUUUUGUGGGUGGGUUCAGUAUGCGAACCUUUUUGGAGUGGCAAUUGGGUACACCAUAGCAGCUUCCAUAAGCAUGAUGGCAAUCAAAAGGUCUAAUUGUUAUCAUAGUAGCGGGGGGAAAAAUCCAUGCAAAAUGAACAGCAAUUGGUACAUGAUUUCAUAUGGUGUUUCGGAAAUUAUCUUCUCCCAAAUUCCAGAUUUCCAUGAGUUGUGGUGGCUCUCUAUUGUAGCUGCUGUCAUGUCCUUCACAUACUCAUUCAUUGGACUUGGCCUUGGUAUUGGUAAAGUUAUAGGAAACGGAAGAAUUAAAGGAAGCCUAACUGGUGUAACUAUUGGGACUGUGACAGAAUCCCAAAAAAUUUGGAGAACUUUCCAAGCGCUUGGAAACAUAGCCUUUGCUUACUCCUACUCAAUGAUCCUUAUUGAAAUUCAGGACACAAUCAAAUCCCCUCCAGCAGAGUCAGAGACAAUGUCCAAGGCUACUUUAAUAAGUGUUUUGGUCACAACCGUUUUCUAUAUGCUAUGUGGUUGCUUUGGCUAUGCUUCUUUUGGAGAUGCAAGUCCGGGAAACCUUCUCACUGGCUUUGGCUUCUAUAACCCAUUUUGGCUCAUUGACAUAGCCAAUGCUGGCAUUGUUAUCCACCUUGUUGGUGCAUACCAAGUUUACUGCCAACCCCUCUUCUCAUUCGUCGAAUCAAAUGCGGCAGAAAGGUUCCCUAAUAGUGAUUUUAUGAGCAGAGAGUUUGAAGUACCAAUCCCUGGUUGCAAACCCUACAAGCUCAACCUCUUCAGGUUGGUUUGGAGGACACUUUUUGUGAUUUUGUCAACUGUGAUAGCCAUGCUCCUACCAUUCUUCAAUGACAUUGUAGGGCUUAUUGGAGCCAUUGGAUUUUGGCCCCUCACUGUGUAUUUACCAGUGGAGAUGUAUAUAACUCAAACUAAGAUACCAAAGUGGGGCAUAAAAUGGAUAGGCCUACAAAUGCUUAGUGUUGCAUGCUUUGUAAUUACUAUAUUAGCUGCAGCAGGUUCCAUUGCUGGGGUUAUUGAUGAUCUUAAAGUUUACAAGCCAUUUGUUACCAGCUACUAAUUCAAUAGGAUAAUUACUUAGUGAUCAUGAUCACCAUUGUCAGAGAUUUCAUUAGCAACAAGAAAAAAAAAAGAAGGUAAAUUGUUGCAAAUUGAAAUCAACAGGAAGGUGGUCUUACUUGUUUAUUGCUUAGUAACCUUGUAUCUUCUGUAUCUUUGUUUUUUUUUGUUUGUGUGUGUGUGUUCUCUUACUUUGUAACUUGCUCUGUAUCCCUAAUUUGCAAUGAGAAAUGGAGGAAAUGAAGCAGAGGCUUUCAAAUUAUCAAAGCUUU